CCUCUCCCCUUCUCUCUCUCUCUCAUCCCUCCUAGUUAUGUUUUUGGAGUUCGUGGAUUAAUUUUUCUUGUUGGGGUUAUCGGAGCAUUGGGGUUGGAAAUUUAGGUUUCCCUGAAGUUUCUUUUUAAUUUGAGACAAUUAAGUUCUUGGACGGAGCAUUGUUAUUCUUCGAAAUGUGUAUGAAAUUCUAUUUGUUAAUAGAGCCUCCACUUUUUCUGAUGUAUUGGUGAUAGUUUGCUGGAACUAGUGUGAGGAACCGUGCAGGCGUGUGUUUAGUCCCACAUCGGUUAUUCGCUGGAUAGAUCUUGGAUACUUAUACACGAUAAAAAACCAAAUAAUAUCUUUCAGCUAGUCAUUUUGGGUGAGGUUCUGGGUGGUUACUACUAGUUAGUCUAAAAUGUGUCUAAACUUGCUUAUCUUGUUGUGUUAUUACCACUUUGUUUGAUGAGAUUAUUGCUCUGCAGUAAAUAUUCAGCUGCUGUUGGGUGUCUUCUUGGCAAAUCUCAGUUUUGCGCUGUUGUUGUGCUUCUAAUUUUUUUUUUCUUUUUGUUUUUUGUAUGCUUGUUCCUGCAGGAUUGACAAGUUUAUCUGUCACUUGCCCUUAACCCUUGAGGUAGGGUAGAAACCUCCACAGGUUCUCACUGCCACAGAACCUGUCCUAUAGGGUUAAGUUUUAUUACUAUUACAGACUCUUAGAUAAUGUUUCCUGCUUACAAAAAUAUGGACCCAUACUCUCAGACUUUCCCUCACCACAUUCCCUAUCCUUAUCACUACUAUCCAAACUGGGAGGCUGUAGCCCCUCAGAUGAGAGUAGAUUCAUCUAAAUCUCCCUCUUUUGGACCAUGGCCGUACAAUGGCAGCACCAGCCACCCAAAUCCAACUGAAUGUUGUGGCUGCUGCAACUAUAGUUACUCUCCAGGAUAUUAUAGUUUCAGACCUCCAUACCCUCACAUUCAGCCACCUCCUCAAUGUUAUUAUCAUGGACCAUAUCCGGGUUAUCCUGAUGUCUGCCCACCCUAUUUGGUGCCGCCACCUCAUUAUUCAUUUGAUCAAGCUCGAUAUGAUUAUGACAAGGCAAAAAAUCACUGCUGUGGUUUUCCAAAUGAUAAGUUCCAUGAGGGUGAGAAAACUGGUGUGAAAAUUGAAGAGCAAAUGCCUGAAUCAGAGCCAAAGCCACAGGAGAGUGACUCCAGCCUGAUUAAAUUGCCAAACUACCCUUACCCAGUAGCAUGGGUACCCCAUAAUUAUUCGAAGGAGAAAGGCACCAACAAAAAUUCUGAAUCACAACCUGGAAUUUGGAAUGGAUGGAUCCCUCUGGAUGUUAACAGCCUCAGGGAUCUGAGGCAGGGUGGAGAUAACAAGAAGGGUUCGCAGAUUGAAGAGAAGAAGAGUCAGUUUCCCUGGCCAAUUAUCUGGAUGCCUGGUCAUAAUAAACCAGAGGAGAUGGUGAAUGAUCCGAAGCAGAUCAGUACCAGUCCUAAAGUUUCAGAAGAAAUGCCAAAAGUUAAGAUUAUCCCAUUGAAAUUUCUGGAGAAUGAGAACCGUGAGGAGAAACCAGGAGUAGCACAGGAUGAGCCUAAAACUCGGGCACAGCGAGAAUCAGUAAGUGAAAGGGAAAUGAAAACUAAAACCAUUCCAGUCAAGCAGAUGGAGGAAAGCAAUGAAAAUGAGAAGCAAGACGAAAAGAGUGAAAAAAAGAAGUCUAGCAUCUCUGGAAAACAAAACAGAGCGAAUGGAGUGAAGAAGUGUUCUGAUGGCAAACACUCCUCAAUUGCCAAGUCUUCAAAGCUGCCUCCUGUAUGUUUAAGAGUUGAUCCAUUGCCAAGGAGGAAGAAUGGAAAUGACACAUCCCGAUCACCUAGUCCACUAGGCUUUAAAGAGAGAGAGAGAAUUCAUCAGGACAACAAAGAACAAGGUUCUACUCGAAGAGACAUCGAGGAAGAAAUUCCUAAGAAAGAAAUUCAGGUUGUUGAUACUAAGUCAUCAAACAAAGUAGAGAAACAAGAGCAGAGUAGCCAAGAUGUGGUGCCAAACAUUUUGAUAAAAGAUGCUCCACAACAAGCUAUUACAGAGCAAUCUAAUGAAGUUUAUGGGCAGAGGGCAAAAGAAGGUUGUGGUGGUGCUGAAGCUUCAGAUAGUAAAGGUGUACAAUGGAAGAACUCUGAGGAUGGGAUAUCCGAUGACCAGGAAAAGAACAUUGAGGAGAACAGAGGUAUGGAGGUUGCUGAAAUUACAAAGAUGAAAGGAAGGAAAGAAAGAAGGAAUUUGUCAGGAUCAGAUGCGGCAGUUCGUAUUCAGUCUGCAUAUAGAGGGUUUGAGGUGAGGAGAUGGCAACCUUUGGAGAAACUUCGGAAGAUGGCUCGAAUUCGUGAACAAGUGGAAGAUAUCAAAAAACAAAUUCAAAGUUUUGAAACCUCUUCAAAAGGGCAAGAUAUGAAGCAGAAGGUGUUCAUCAGUGAGACUAUAAUGAAUCUACUUUUGCAGCUGGAUACCAUCCAGGCCUUGCACCAAAGUGUGAGAGAGGUCAGGAAAUCUGUUGCAAGGGAGCUCAUUUGCCUACAAGAGAAGCUUGAUUCUCUAAGCAAUCAAGCCACCGCAGAGCAUGAACAUCUGAGAUUGAAGAAAGUACCAGGAGCAAAGCUUGAUGAUCAAGCUAUUUGUCUUGGAAGUUCAGCUGCAGUAGCUGAACCAUCAUCUAAGCAUGUGUAUGAACAACUAUCUGAUCAGAAUUGCACUAUAGCUUCCACAUCCAGUGAAAAAAUGCAAGAGGCUGAGGCAAAGGAAAAGAGAGAGAAACUAUUAUUAACAGAAAAUCAAGAGCUAGAAUCUGUACCAGGAGAGACUGCAGAGUUGUUGAACAAAGAAAUGGUUUCUUUUGUGGAUGGAGAGCAUAAAGAAGCACCUAUGCAGGGAGAGGAACAGCCCGUUUCUGAAGGCGAGGCAUUGGUAGAGUCAAAAUUGCUCUGUGAAGAGCCUUCCCUUGAGCUAGAAGAAUCUUCUGCGCCUUUGGUGUCUAGUGUCAAGGAAGUUCUCGAGGCACCUGCUGCUGCUGAAUUUGAAGCUACCAAGUUGGAUGUGGAAGAGCAUUUAGAGACACAAAGGCCUAGCUGUCAAGCUUUUGAAUUAGUGAAGAAAGAUAUUUGUGAUUAUAGAGAUCAACCAAACACACAUGUGAAUCAAGAAACGAAGAAGGGUUUGGUGCCGUCAUUGGAGGGGUGCAACCUCGAGGAAGCUACUGAAAUCAAAGUUGAAGAGCAUGAAGCUGUUUCCAAUGCAUUAGAGUUUGAAGAACCUUUGCCAGCAAAGGAUGAAUCUGAGUAUGAGGCACCUAUUACUCGGAGCAAUGAAGAUGACAGCAAAGAAGAGGAGCUUUCAAUAUUGCCAUUGGCAGAAGAAAGUGAUUCUAUGGAGAAGACAGCAGGAGACGUGACUCCUGACACUAGGAGUGUGGAAGUUCCAAGCACAUCACAUGUCACCAAUGCAGUAGACUUUGUGGAAACUAUACCAAGAGUUGGUGAAUCUAGUUCUGAGGACAAGGCACCUGUUGCUCAUGUCAACGAAGCCAGAACCAAGGAGGAGCCUCAAAUGUUGCCAGUGGAAGAAGGAAAUUAUUUUGCAGAGAAGGCAUCAGGAGAUGCAGCUGCUGAUACUAUAAACAUCGAAGUCACGUGUGCAACACCUGUUACUCCUGGGGCUUCUGAAGAGAGUAAUGAUGCUGGAAGUAUGAUAGAGAAGAACCUAGAGAUGCAAGCAACAAUAGUUGGCAUCGCGUCACAGGACCAAAUUACAGUGCAGGGUGGAUCUCCUGAGUCUGGCGCAGAGAAUGGAACCAACUCAGGGGCUGCUGAUGAGGCCAUUGAACAUAAAGAGGUGCCUUUAGCACCUGAAACUCACCUGGAAGCAACUACGGAUAAAGAUGCGCCUUCAUCCCUGAACGAAAUUCAUCCUAUGCCAAUUGUAGAAGCAGCUACUUAUGAAGUAAGUACUCCAGUUCCAGAAGGAGAGAGAAUUGCUGUUGCUCAACCUAAAGAUUCCAUUCCAAUGGCUGGACCAGUUUCAAGUAUGAAUCUGAACAUGGAGAAGCUGGUGAAAGAAAAUGAGAAGCUGAGGGAGAUGUUAGAGAAGUUGCUUCUUAUGGGGAAAGAGUACUUGGGGGUUGUUUCUGAUCUCAAUGGGAGAGUCGAGGAUCUAGAGAAGAAGUUGGUGCAGAAGAAGAAGAAAAUGGUGAAGGUUAGACGACACAAACCAGCCAAGACUUCUUGUAAAGUUGCAUGCUGAAACAUCAUGUGGAGAAUGAUGGAGAAGGCUGUAACUAUGCACGAUUAUGUAUGUGCCCUGUGAUAUGCUUCUGUAUAUCUGUUUGUAACAAAUAAAAGAGUUUCAAUGUAAAACAGUGUCUUUUGUGCAUGAAGUUUUAUUCCUGCAUUUUGAGUUUAUAAUUUCAUACUACUUGGAAUAAAAAUGAUAUCGUGCACUAA